AUGACCUCCAUCCUUAGGAGAACACGAAAUGCAUCAAAAUGGACAUCGUCUCUACGUUUCAAUCAUCAUUCACAGGGAGUUCGCACCAUCCAUUCUGCUAGCGCCUCCACCACCGGGACUAAUUCAGUCAACACUGAUGAAAUUGCUCACUUUUCAAAACUUUCCUCAGAAUGGUGGGACGAGAAAGGAGAAUUCAAUUUUCUGCACAAGAUGAACCCCGUACGAAUUCAAUUCAUCCGCGAAAAGAUGCUUGAGGUGGCUCAGGCAGAAAAUCCGGACCUGGAUAGUGGUGACAUGUUAACCGGGUUGGAUGUAUUGGACGUUGGCUGUGGUGGAGGAUUGCUCUCGGAGAGUCUGGCGCGGUUGGGAGCCAAAACUACAGGUAUAGACGCGUCCGAGUCUAACAUUGCAAUCGCGUCUUUGCAUGCUGCCGCAGACCCCAAGCUAUCUCCUGAAGGAACAACGCCAAAUCUUUCCUACCUCCACACUUCUGCCGAGAACUUGCUUCCCAAUCCCAAACGAUAUGAUGUCGUAUGCUCCAUGGAAGUCCUAGAACAUGUCGAUAAUCCAGCCACUUUUCUUGCUACUUGUGCUGAGCUUUUGAAGCCUGGAGGUCAUCUCUUUUUGUCCACAAUAUCAAGGACGCCUCUUGCCUAUGCACUUACCAUCUUCAUGGCGGAGGAUGUUCUACGACAAGUUUCCCAGGGGACGCACACCUACUCGAAAUAUAUCAAACCCUCCGAACUCGUCCAGUUUUUCCGCGACUACCCUCAGCAAGACAAAUCUAACCCACUAUCAGGUUCAUCAUCAUCGAGGCCAUGGAUAUCCACGCCUUCUGGUAGCAAUUAUUUGCCUCGAAUGGAGGCAGAACUACGUGGCUUGAUAUACAAUCCUUUUCAAGCUCGCUGGCACCUUGCGCCAAAAGAUGCUUGGGGUGCUUUGGAAUGCAAUUACAUAUUUUGGGUACGCAAACCCAUGGAAUCAUAG